AAUUUGUUUUCGAUAAGUCACGAUGAAAAAUUUUGGACAGACCCCCAUGUUUUCAGACCAGAACGCUUCUUAACGCCAGAAAACACUGUGGAUGAGACCCUCGCCAAGAGUUUCCUUCCCUUUAGUGCCGGCAAACGGCGUUGUUUAGGGGAAUUACAGGCGCGCUGGGAACUUUUUCUUUUUGUCGCAACUGUCGUUCAACGUUGUCACUUUGAGAAAGUGCCCGGGGAAAAGUAUGACUUGGCUCCUGAAUUCGGACUGGUUCUGCAUCCAAAACAUUUUAAUAUCAUAGCCAAAUCGCGUUAGUUCGUGCUAUUGAGACAAUGAUGACGCUGCAUUUUACUUGGGCGUAUUUUACUCCAUAUUGAGUAACUAGAUAAAUGAAAUGCAUACAAAUCCCCUAUGGUGUUAAAACACGUAAUAGGCCUAUUAUUAAGAGAUAUCAUAGAAAUAUUCAUCAUAGCAUGUGGCCUAUACAUUGUGUACAGUACCUAAUACAAUGUGGCCAUGCAGGUUUUUGGUUAGCAUAAUAAAGGCUUGGUCAAGCAACAUCCCAAAGACAGUUUAUGCGACUAUUCAUACCUAUCUAUAUUAUUUGUGAAUAUCAACAUGAAAAAGCACUUAAACACUAUAUUUUACAAAAUUAAAACAAGUUUAUCUCGCAUAAAACACAUAAUAAUUUUCACAUUCAUUGUAACAUGUUGCUUGGAGUAAUAAAAACAUAAAUGUGCUAGUAGCAGAACAAAACGAAAAGGAAAAGACUUAAUUAAGAGGAACAUUUUUUCAUUUGAGUUUUGAGCACUUGAGAAGGUCACAUACGUUGUACAUAGAGCUUUUUUUUUUACUUACAAUGUGUGUGUGUGUGCGUGUGUGUGUGUGUGUUCACUGUAUGAAGCACAUAUGUUUUCAAUCACGUUUAUGUGCCACUCUGAAGAAGAUUCUAUUUUACAAUGAUAAGUUGUGGUGUCCUCUCUAAAAUAGGGUGUCACAAUUACAGCUUACAACACCACAUUUUUAUACAUACGUGUCCCUUGGCAGACUACCUGUAAUAUGAGGCGUGACUUGUGUAAUGUUGGUUCAAUCUCGUCAAAAUCGUGACCUUCAAGUGUAUCACAGCAUACUUUGCAUUUAGGUCUACAGCCUUUGAAAUGAAUAUUGUUAACGUUGUG